AUGGCAGCCGAAGUUCGAAUGGUACUUCACGAGGAUGAUUCGGUGCAAGUACAAUAUGCUGAUGGCUCCAGGCUGCAGCUUUCUCCCUGUGGCUCUGAGUUUUUAUUUGAAAAGGCACCUCCUGUUUCAGCUCAUCCUUUAGAACAACCAGAAAGAAUUCGUCAGAGGACUCAGUUUGUUAUUAGCACUUACCGAGAGCAACUACAGCGAGCUCUGGAUUUUCGAAAUUCUUCUGCCACUUAUCCUUUUCUCCCUGAAGCCCUCAUACCAUCUGAAAGAAAAAAACACAUCCUCAUUGACGUCUCGGAGGUGACAUGGCCUAAUAUUGAUGUGGAUGGUGCUGUGAUGUGUGUGGACACUGGCUCUGUGAAGAUCACGUCUUUAGAAGGUCACGCAUACCUGUGCUUGCCCAGAGCUCAACACGAAUUCACCGUACAUUUUUUAUGUAAAGUUAGUCAAAAGCCAAGCUCAACUGUAGUAUUGUCUGAAAACCAUAAUCAAGCCAGAAAUGGAAAACUAAUAGAAAACGCUGACAAAAAUUGCACUUUUGGGAGUUUGUCAGGAGAGAAACUAAAGAACAAAGAAAAGAAACUUUAUUCCCAUUUCUUGAAACCCAGAGAACACUUGGAGAAGAGGAGUUGUGUGGACGGAGCAGAAGGGAUGGAGAAGCUGCAUCCGCGUGGUACAGAACACACCUGUGUGUAUGCGUGGGUGAGGCAGCUUUGGCCUGUGGCCUCCUGUCCAGAGGAAUGGAAAUACCCCUUGUCUUUAGCACUUAAUUUUCUUAAUAAAAUGAGUGAAACUUCCAUAACUGGUACAGAUAUCACCCGGAAGAGACUUUUAAGUCCUGAUGUGUCAGAGAAAAGAAAGAAGGAAGUUUCUGUACUGCCCAGGGCACUCCCGCUUAGCUGUCCUGCCCCGCACAUGCACAGGUGGAAUUUCUGUGAUUCAUGGUCACACAGGCAGUUUAACGAGGACUUCUCCUAUCCUGAACUAGUGAAAGUGGUGUGGUCCAGUGGUAUCACCUAUAGACUUUCCCACAAAAAUAUGAACUCAAUAGAAAUUUAUCCUGGUGAUGGAUCUAUUUUUAAAUCAGAAGGCGUGUAUUUUGGGAACUAUUUUACAUAUUGUCCCGUCCAGGAAGGAUCAGAAGAGAGAGAAGAGAAAACUUAUUCGGUGAAUAAUCUUCCUCCAGAUAGACCUGGAAGGCCCUUUUCUGUGUGCUCUCUGCUUCAACAGGCGAUGGGGAUUCUUCAACAUUGUGCCAAGAUGCAACUUUCUUUAAGCCAUAACUAUCGUAUAUGCUGUUGGAAGAUGGCAAGUGUUGUAAAUAAUCACGGUCCUCUGCCUUUGCUUUUGAGAGAAUCGUUCAUGCCCAGUGUGGGAAGGUUUCUUGCAUACUCUGACAACAAAGUUCAUGCUGUCUUUUUAGAUGGUGUCACCCUAACCUUAAACUGGGAUUUCAGCUUUUGCACUGAAAAGAGACAGGUAAAUCAAAGUUGUAACUUGGGUUGGUGCAAGUUAACAUUUCCUGAUGGACAAGACAAACUAAUUAAAAUUGAACACCCUGGGCCUCAUGAGAGAUAUGUGACAACAGUUAUAUCGUGGUGCAGAAAACUGACCCAGGCUGGACUGAGCGAGAUGUCCACACAGCCUUCAUCCUCUGUUCUUGAAGAAAGCUGGUCUGUUGCUUCUGAACUUGAGAAGAUACAGAAGUUUAACUUGCUGCUGGAGAGCAGUGGCAUCCUCGGGCGGAUUCCUGACAAGGAAAACCAGCUGUCUCCUGAUCCCUGCAAACCAGCAUCUUCUGAAACCUGGCUAGAAGUUCAUGAGAAGAGUGUAUCAGUCGCAUUGAAAAAGACCUCUGAAAUUCUACAGGAUAUUGACUCUCUCCUGUCAAAGACUAAAAAGUAA